AAAUUUAUCUUUGGAGUGUCCAGUGUGUCCAGUGGUUUGUUUUGUCUUCUCUCGAGUCAUCAGUUCACUUUAAUUAAACGAAAAAAGGAUUUGAUUAAUUCUUCCAAUGAUAAAUUGACAACAUUGAAUAAAAACAAUUGGAUUAAUCACAAUGAGAUGAUUAACAUAUUUGGUGACAACAACAAUUAAUCCAAUAUAUCACAUCCAAUAUACGAAGCCAACACCAAUAGUGAUCUCCUUUUAUAGUUGUUUUAUUUUGAAUCUAAUUGUUUUUUUGGAUAAGUGAUCACACAAUAAAUUGUUAAAUUGUGAAUUAAAUUGUAAUCAAUGUGGGACGACCGUGAUUCACGUAAAUACGUUGCACCGCACGGGAAUAGCAAUAACAACAAUAGUGUUAACAACAACAAUAAUAAUAUCAACAAAGACAAUGGAUCGGGUAUUGGUCCAUCAACGAUAAUAGGUCAAUGGCCUAACGGUGGGAUCGGAGGAGGUUAUGGUAACCGUGGUUAUGAUAACACGGAGGAUCUUCAUGCCUGGUCCAUUUAUCGGCAAAAUUUGAAUGCUGAUCUAUCAGAAUCGGCAAUUGGAAUAAAUAAAAGCUCGAAUACCGAACGACCCUUCGGCAAUUUCCAGUUAAAAGAGACAACGGUCAAGAAUAUACUUAAUCAUCCUAAAUAUGGUCCACGACUUCGUGAUCAUGAUCCGGCCACUUACCUUCGGUAUGGUUUACCAAGGGCUAAAGUUGCCCAAUCGGAAUUGGGAGGUGUUGGUAGGGAUGAUGAUAGACGAUCUCGACUUGGUGGGGCAAGUGUCAUCGGUGGUCCAAUAAGUGAUCGGCCAUCAGGUCAUCAUCAUCUUAAACAGCGACAUCACUCACAUACACAACAACAACAACAACAACAGCAAAUUAAUCCAAGAAAUAAACACGCUUAUGGGCACCCGUUAACAUCUGAUUCUGCUUCAAUAUCAGAUGAUGAUGAUGUUGAUGUUGUUGGUGGGGAGGAAGAUGAAGAUGAGGUUGACAUUGGCCGUCCAGGGACAGGUCAACCUUCAUCUAAUGGUAACAAGCGUAAAAAUGUCCGUCGACCCUGGAAAAGUGAUCCAGAUCUUCUUAGAGGUGACAAUGAGUCAGGAAUUGAGAGUUCACAUCAUCAUAAUCAAAGUCAUCAUCCUAAUCAUCACCAUCAUCAUAAUCCUCCAUCCUCCAACAUCAACAGAUUAAAUAAACAACGAAGUGGUCAACCAUCAGUAAUAUCAUCAAAUAAAUAUUCAUCUCACCUUGGAUCAUCCCCACCCUAUUUAACCGCUAACGGAAAAGCGGUCAGUGAAACUGACCUUCGUUAUUCAAACCAUCAGAACCAUAUCAAUAACAAUAAUCAUAGUCCACUUACCAAUGGAAAUGGUUAUGGUCUUAACGGUAAAAUCGCCAAUGGUUUCAAGGGAAACAGUUAUGGUUAUGAUAAUAAUUUCAUCACCAUGGAAUCUGAAUCACCUUUGACCAAUGGAAAUGGACUAUCAUCACCUUCAUCUUCACCCAAAUAUCCUCACCUAAUUGUCCGUGGACUUUAUUAUGAAUUAGAUAAAACAUCAACACUUCGUCGUAUCUGUGGUGCACAACGAACUAAAUCCCGAAUAUUAGAUAACAUCGCUUUUGAAGUUAAAGCGGGUGAAGUGCUCGCCAUCAUGGCAACUAACGAAUAUGAAGGAACCUCAAUUUUGGAAAUUUUAUCCGAUCGAUAUAAUAAAAGUCGAGGUAGCGUUAAAUCGGAGAUCACCUUGAACGGAAUUCCUAUGACCCCUGCCAAAUUGUCCCAAGUCACUUCAUAUGUAGGCCAAGAUACUGACCUUUGUCCAGAUAUGUCGGCAAGACAAACUCUCCUCUUUUCAUCUCUGGUCCAAGGUCCUGCCAAAAAGAAUACCUUUGACACGAAAAAGCGUACAAAUGCCGUUCUCGAAGAACUUGGACUGAAUGAGGUUCGCCAUACAUCGGUAGCUGACCUAACGGAAGCGGAAAGAAGACGUCUCCUUAUUGGUCAAGCUCUUCUCUUGGAUACUGAUAUACUUAUUCUUGAUCAACCAACUAAAGGAAUGGACAUUUUUGAUUCCUUUUUCCUCAUUGAAUAUCUUCGCCAAUGGGCACUGAUCUCGGGUCGAUGUGUCAUCCUAACCAUUCAACCUCCAACCUACGAAAUUUUCACCAUGUUAUCCCAAGUAGCCCUUCUUUCAACUGGACGAAUACUUUACUUUGGAAAACGCAAAGAACUUUUAAAUUAUUUCUCUUAUAUUGAUUUUCCUUGUCCAACCUACAAAAAUCCAUCAGAUUAUUAUCUUGACCUUGUAACUCUUGAUAAUCUCUCUUCAGAAGCCAUGCUAGAAUCAAGCCAACGAAUAGAAAACCUGGUUGACCUCUACUCUAAUCGAUGUUCCAAUGCAGUGACCCUUCCAGGUCCACCCUCAGUUGCACCACCUCCGGUGAGAAGAGCCCAUGUAACCAUAAUGUUUCUCGCUCUAUGGAUACGAGCCUUGAUAUUCACAUUUCCAUACAAUGUUAUCCAUCUAUUUCGUAAUUUAUUGUUGGCAAUUAGUUUAUCGAUCUGCACGGGAAUCAUUUAUUGGCACGUUCGCAUUGGACGUGAACAAGAACAUCUCUGGGACCGUAUUGGACUUUAUCACGUUAUUUUGGCGAUAAUGCCGAUUCCCUUGUUCCUUGUUGAGAUUAACGAUGCUCACAAGGAAAAAAAGUUUGCCCUUAACGAGAUUAAGAUGCAAUUGUACUCGAAACCCUUGUACGUGUUUUCCAAGAUACUUUACACGUUACCGAAAUCGACAUUGAUUUUCAUGGGCUAUGCUAUUCCGGUUUCUUCCAUGGCUGGACUUCAGAAUAAUCUACUUAUCUAUUUGGUUCUGAUUCUUGGUUAUCUUCACAUGAUCCGUAUGAUUGCUCUUUCAAUGGCCUGGACAUUUGACCGCCGUUCAACGGCUUCAUUAGCUUUCGGAAUUAUAUUUUCAAUUUUUACUCUCGCCGCGGGAACAACUUUCCACUAUAAGGAUUUAUCGAUAAUUACAAAAUGGUUACACUCAAUUUCACCGAUUAGAUAUACUCAUGAGGUGCUAAUUGGUUGGGAAUUUAACAAUAACUAUACAACAACAGGUCCAUCUUCAAUUUCAUCAUUUGCUUAUCAGUGUACACAUAAUCCAAUCAUUCAACAAGAAAACGCCAUUCUAAUUAAAGCUGAUUGCGGUUUCCAACAACGAGAACAUAUAUUACGUUGGUUUAAUUAUAAAUCACCAGGAUCCGAUUUAAUUAAAUUAAUUUCUCAGCCAUUUAUCGCUUAUUCAAUUGUCUUUGCCAUUUUCCUGAUCAUUGGAUCUUUGUCAUUCUGUUUGAUUGCCAAUAAGAAAAAGAAAACUAAUAUUAGCUCAUUAACAAACAAUUAAGAGAAUUAAUUUUUAUAAUAAUUCUCAUUACAAUUUAAUUUUCUUACCUUUUUCUCUUAAUUUCUUGUUCCUUUUGUUUUAAUCAGUCAUUUUCACCUAAUUUCACCCAAUAGAUUCCAAUGAAUGUACAAUAAUCCCUUUCGAUUUCUGAUCUAAUCCAAAUUUAGAUUUAAUUUUCCUCUUUAAUCCUUUAAUCCAAAGUGAUCAAUUUCUUUAAGGUCCUUUGGCUUUUUCUUUCACUUUGUACAAUUUUCAUUUUCUCUUAAUUAACUGCACCACUAAUUCACAAUUAAUUCAAAGUUUUCUUCUCCUUUUCUCCAAAAUUGUAUUGAACCAAAUUCAACACAAUAAUAAUUAUUAAUAAAUUCAACGUUUUAAUUAUGACGAAAUUGAUUGUUAAAUUUAUUACACAUACAUACAAAUAUAAACACUUUUAUAAUCUGUAAUCAAGAUCAAGAGAUUUGAUUCAUCAUUAAUACCAACCUAUUGUGAUUACCUACGAAUAUAAGAUUAAACCAACUACCUGGAUGUUCAAUAGGUGUUUUAAAUUGUCUGUGGUGUUAAUUUUUCCUCGUUUGAUUUAAUUGUUGUUCACAUUAUGGAGCCUUUUCAGUACCAAGAGGAAUUGGAUGAACCAAACAAAAGGAUUGCCAUUCGUCGUGCAGUGACUGUAUUGGUGUUUACGUUGAUAAUAAUCUUGGUGUUUCUAUUGAUUCUGUUAAUCCUUUGAGCAUUGAACGUUCAAUGUUGGUCAUUAAUAUUAACAGUAAUGUGAGAGAUGUUGAAUCACCACGAUACGAGAAGAUUUGACCAAAGAAAAAUCGAGUUGAGGAAGAUGAUUAAAAGAGUUGAAUUCGGUCAAAUGAUUGAUGGAACGAGUCCAGAAUUCAAUCGAGGAAAUGUUUUGAUCGAUUACGAGGCCAAUUUAGAUACGUGUAAAACGAUUUUAAGAAGAUGUGAUUUGAUUUGUAAUCGUGUUGAUAAUUGUAUAAAAGUAAAGAGAUGAAACAAUUAAACAGCAGUUCCACGUUCCAAA